GGGGAUGUUAGCGGCGAGGAACUACCGCCGGUGGUUCAAUAUGCGGGGUGUGUUUCCGCGGGGGUGCCGAGGCAGGAGAAAGUGUUGGUGAGUUGCGAAGAUGGUGAAGUUGAGUUUGGGGAGGGGGAGAGAAUGAAUCGGUGGACGCUUUGGCAUCGGAGGCCGUGGAUUGAGACGCCGGAUACGGUUGUUGAGGAAUGGGAUGAAAUUCAAUCUGAGACUGAGGGUGAGGGAGAAGGGGAGGGGAGGAGAAGGAGGAGGAGGAGGGAUAUAUGGGUGAUAGUGAGGAGAUGGAUGAAGAUGAAGAUGACGAAGAAGAUGAAGAGGAUGAGGAUGAAAAGCUUCGUGCGGACUGCCCCGUUGCCAUCCACGAGGUCGAACCCGCGAACGAAACCGAAACCGAGGAGCGGGGAGGAGGCUACGUUGCCUUUGUCGGUCACCUGGAGGACAGCCGCUCGAUGGCCGCGUUGAUACUAGGGAUCUGUGGUGUUGAGAUGGGGAGUUGGAUUGGUACAAUCUAUCGCAUCAAGACAGGAACGAAAAUCAACGUCAACACUCUAAUAUACAAUCCUAUUAAAAGAAUCUAUUCCUUCUCCUUCUCCUUCUCCUUCUCCUCCGUAGACUGCCUCCCCAACCGUUUGGGUUGA